ACAACAKCUGAAACGAAUUCAAUAGAAUGAGCGCCAUCUUCGACUUUUCGAGCGUGCUCAUGAUCAUUUUGCUAACGAUCUGCACCACUACCUAUUUGAGAGAAUUGAGACCGGGAAUUUUUGACGGAAACAAGGUAUGAAGGGGAUGGUUUUGAAAUGUCUUUUUGUCUUGUGUUCUGUUCUAUUUCAUGUGCUAUCCGAUCCAAUUCAACUCAAGAUGCGACCCUGUAGUGCAAACAAUAGUAAAACGAAUAUGAUCAUUCUUGUCAAGUACGAAUGCGGCAAUUAUCCCAUGGUACUCGUAACGUCCUUGYCGAAUCACGAUAUGUCCAGGUAAUGCAUUCUUAUCAUACUCAUGUCCUAUUUUAUCAAAAUCGAUCGGCUGCUGUACUGCUCGUUCCCACAUAUGAUACGAUAAUACAACAUGAUACGAUAGCCACGUGAUCCAGCCAAACCAAUCCACAGCGAUCGAACCGGUUUUGGGGGUUUUUGUUGGAAGAUGAGCCGCAUCGGGGAACGGCUGUCUCCCUUUGUUGGAGCCAGUUGCAUAGUUAUGGCGUUUCAUGUUCUCCUCAAAUAAUCAAUAACUUUGGGAUUUGAUGAAUGGAUUGGCUUUCAAAACUGGCGUGAAUGCAAUGAAACGAAACAAAACGAAACGAGACGAACUUCUAAUCYAUGCAGAAAAUCAAGAAAGGAAGAUACAAGCCGUGAACGAAAGUCGAUAGCAAAGGGAAGGUGCASUAUUGAAUUGAUUAAUCAACUCAAAUUCGUUCA